CGUGGGCCAAUGAUAACGUCCGAGAUCUCUGGCCGGUGACAGCAUAGCUUUGGCAUAGCGAGGCAGAGUACGAUCAUGCAGACGUGUGCAUAGUCAUCUUGGUCGGUCGAUAUGGUCCUUGCCAGUAGAGGCUCAUCCACCCAGCUGGUCUCUCACGGAUCGACCAGCAACCUCGGCGAGGCAAAGUCGAGCAAGCAAGCACGGAGGCACAGUCAUCCGAUCAAGCGCAACACUUCCUCAGGCAGGCUAGCUGGUACAGGCAAGGCAGCCUUUGCAUUCACUACGCUCGCCGACGAUGCCCAAGCUCAGGAGGAGGCUCCGGCUAUCGUGCCCAGGCGACACUCCAAGACCAAUCUGCACGGCUUUGGCGAGACAAAGCGGCCAAAGCAAGCUCGCAAAGGCAGCAAGGGAUCAAAGGGCUCUCGUGUCAGCUUGAACGAGCUAGCACACGAGGAGACAGGCAACACAUCGCGAGAUGAGGGAUGGGAGAGCGCUACCGAUGGACCCUCGCCCUCUGACCAACCUCUUGCUCGGGCUGCGCUACUACCGGACACAGACACAGACACAAUAGACACCAGAAAGCUCAUUGAUGCCCCUAUCGCAAUAGCCUCACCGCCAAAGCCUUCCCCGAGACCGUCAAAUGCGAUGCCAGCAAGUGGCACGCCGCACAGGCAUGCUGCAACGGCAGAAGCUGCGCGUGGUCAGGCGCACCUGGAAUCCCGAGACUACUUUGAUGAUAAGCAUUCGCCUAUCCUGGCAGGCUCGCCCAGCCUCAAGCGGCUCUUGCCACAACAGAUCAGGAAAUUGUCCUCCUCUUCGACGAUACGAUCGUACAGAUCAGACCAUUCGACAGCGAGCAAUUAUGCUGCACCACGCAUGUCUUCGAGCCUGCGAACAAAGUCUGCCGUGCGGCCCGUGCUCGAUGUCAGUCAAGCCCAAGGCGACUUUCACGAGCCCUCGCGCGCCCAGUCAGACUCGCCUGCACGUGCUGUUGCCGGCCCGUCAAGUGUCCGCCAGCUAGAGACAACGCCCUUGAGACGAGCUUCACACAACAGACAGGCCUCAGCAGCAUCCAAUGUCUCGUCCGCACGAGCGGGCAAUCAGUCCAUGUCGGAUCUAACCCAUCGUUUGCGAAACGCAGCCGGCGCGAGCCCGAAGCGCGAGACGGCAGGUUUCGAUCCGAUCAGGCGAGCGUCAGGCUACUUUGGCAGCAUCAAGAGCCUUGCCAAUCUCGCCGGUGCUGCCAUCGUCAGUACGACUUCGGUCUCGCCGCCCUCUGCCGCGCCCAGUCAGACCCGCCAUCCUCUCACGUCUUCAGAGGGACCUCCCGCACGUCCAGCCCAAGUCACGUUCAGGACGCCAGCAGUCAAGACGCCGAAUCACAUUGUGUCAAAGUUUGUCAGCUCGGCUGACCCACCUCCGCCUACGCCGCUGUCAGAAUCGCCGCGCGAUAUGGCCUCUGGAUCACAGCGCGGCGUGCCGAGGAGCAUGUCAGUUGCUUCGCUAUCUCGCACUCAGCACAAGAUGAAUCUACAACGAGAUGCGCCGCUUGGCAUCACGAUGCUCGCUGGCACGACGCACGGCAGUCGAAGUGAUCUCGCCCUCUUGCCCCAGCUGCCAUUCUCAAAUUCGCCGCGCACAUCACUCGGCCAGCCUGCUUGGCCUCAUGGCUCGGAAGUACGUUUGGGCGAAGGCGUGCCUUCACCUGACGAGCAUGGUCCUCCGCCCAAAGUCGGUCCUCUGAAUGCACCAGCGGGCAAGUUGCAAGCACAGGCUGGAUUGCAGAGAUGGGCUCAGGCUAUCGUGCGAGAGGCCGAGCGCAUCGAUCGCGAGCACGAGACGAUCCGACGCUUUCGAGACCCGCUCCAAGAAAGCUUCACGCGCGUCCUCGCAAAGCGCCCAGAGAUCGCCGCGGUCACGUCCAGCUCGAGUUCGAGCGUCUCGCGAGGUCGCAUGUCGGACAGGUGACUGACUCGUCUCGCGUGUUGACCGAACAUGCUCACACUCGCUGCGCAGGUCUUCUGGGGCCGGCAGCAGACCUGACUCGCUGCAUCGAU